CGCCAUGUUAUACGGGGUGCCGCUACUUGACAGCGAGUCCAGCAAACACACAGGGAACACUUUUGGAAUAGAAAUAAAAAUAACAUGAGUUAACUGGCCAAGAAUUUAAGCUUUUAGGCGCGGCCAUCAACGUUCAAGUUCGGGGCUGUAUCCGCUAAUCUACCCAAGGCUGGCCCGGUAUCCGCACAAUCAAAUCAGAUAACCGCGACACUGCAUCAUCCCCGAUCAGAAAUAGAAAUAGCCAGCCGCCGCACACACACACACACACUGCCAAUCGACCGAUCAACAGCAAGGGAGAAACAUUUCCUGUCCGGGUGUGCGUGCGUGUGUGUGCUUUUUUACUCGUUUCUCGCUCGUUUUUUUGAUUUUUGUAACCGUGCAAAACAUGCGCUAGAAAAAAAGCAACAGUGAAAAUAGGGGAAGGACGGUGGUCCACAAAACGAGCCAGUUAAAAUAUCGAACGAUAAAGGGCAUCCUUCCUUUCCCGCCCCGAGCGGAGCGGGGCCGGUAUUGGAGGGCAAAAAACGCAUCUCCCGGAAACGCCCCAGCCUGUGAUUACCAGCCGCACUGCGCCGAGCAACGAUGAAGAUCAACGAGAAAAACCUGUGCACGUUCGCGACGACGCCACCGGUCGACCUGGAGGGCUGGCUGAACAAGCGGGGCGAAAUGAACAAAAGCUGGCAGCGGCGGUGGUUCGUGCUGAAGGGCAACCUGCUGUUCUACUUUGAGAAGCGCACCGAUAAGGAACCGCUCGGCAUGAUCAUCCUUGAGGGCUGCACGGUGGAACUCGCCGAGGAAAGCGAACAGUACUGCUUUCAGAUCAUAUUCCACGGGCCGAACAAUCGCACGUACUACCUCAGCACGGAAUCGCAGUCCAACAUGGAGCAGUGGAUGAAGGCGCUGACCUGUGCCGGGUACGACUACAUGAAGCUAAUGGUGGCCGAGCUGCAGCGCCAGCUGGACGAGAUCGAGGGCCAGUGCCGGGAGAAGGCGUCCGAGAUGGCACCGAUCCUGGCGCCCCCGAGGGCACCGCCCCGGCGCCAAAACCCGUUCAACAAACCGCUCACCACGGAGUAUGCCUCGAACGCAGACAUCGGCACCGGUGGUGGAGUAAGCGAGAAGGAACAACUCAGUACGAGCCCACCGACACCGCUAGCCCGUACCGGCAGGAAGGCACCAGCACCGCCCGCACCCAACACUGCAGCGCCAACCGUCCACUCGCCGACGAUGCCGGACAUCGGCAAGCUGUCACCGUCCGCCGAUCCAACGACUGACGGUGUGGUCAGUCGCAAGGCCACCGUAACGGCAACGAAAUCAAGCGACGCAAUCGCGUCGAUGGCGAACGGCGACCAGCAGCAGCGGCCCCUCGAGCGGGGCUCCGUUGCGUCGUUUUCGUUCGAAGCCAUGCACUCGGCGCUCGGCGUCCCGGUGCUGGCCGAUCUGUGCAAGUGGAACGCAAGCCGGCAGGAGCUGGAGCAGCAGCAGCAGCAGCAGCAGCAGCAGGAGGAGGAAGACAACAACAGGAAGCAGGAGGAGGACAACAGAAAGCAGGAGGAGUUAGGGACGGUGCCGAACGUGCACGACAAUCGGCAGUCGGCGGAAGCACCGGAAGUGAAAUAGAUAGUCUGCGCCCGAGAGCAGGGGGAGAGCGAUACGGGGCCAAACUCGCCACACCCUCCCGCUACCCCGCCCGGAGCUUAGGUUAACGAAACGUUAGGAAGCAUACACGCACGCCACGUGGUGUAACUUAGUGCGUUUAGGGCGAGCGUGUUUUACGCACGCACGCAACAAUAUUCCGUUGGUUUAGUUUGAUUUCUAAGCAUAGGGUGCUAUACGUUCAUUUGCCUUCGGCUCGUUCUGCAGCCGACAAGCGCUAGGCAAAGGCAGACAAACUAGAGAAGAUGCUUUCCCUUUUACCUGUACUGACACUACUGCACCUACACUUAUGCUAGUAAUGGUAGUUAAUUUUAGUUUGGCUUGGUCGAUGGUUUCACUGUUCUUUCUUUAAUUUAACUAUCAUCUUUUAACAUCCGUUUUCUGUUUUGUUUUUUUUUGUUGUUGCAUUUUUUACCACCUAAUCGCUUAACGCUUCUUUCCCCAUUCCUAUUGUCGUAACUCGUUAUGUUGUAUUUCACCCAUGUAGAAGAGUGUACGCUCGCUAAAUGAAUUAAUUAUUUAAUUAUUUUCUCACCAUCCCUCACUAAUGCUGCACCCAAAACUUACUAUAAUUUUCUUCUAUUCACACACAUACACACACACUUACGCACAAUCUCCCCCUCCACACAAACACAUCCAUGACCACGAUCAUCCAUUUUUCACACUUUCCUCUCUUUUCUUUCCACCCUACGACAUCAAUCAUUACAUUGCAAUGCGACACGGGAAAACCAAACCAGUGAAGCGUGCUCGAAAGCGUAAACCACUCGAAUCACACUUGUAGUAACAACACAAAACCCACAUACAUUAUUAUAGUAUUCAUUCUGCGUCGGAAGAAGCAAAACAUAAUAGACAUAUACACGAAACAAGCCAAA